CUACUCACGCCCUCACACUGCCCCCCCGUCUCCUCCCCGACACAUGGAAAUCUACCAGCAUCUCUGGAUCGCACCUCACUUUCUUUUCCGCAUUAACUUGAGGGUGACCUUGAGGUGAGGGCUUAGGCAACUACUGUGUUUGAAGGGGUGAGGUGGAGGUCGACGGGGCGACGGUGCGUCGUAGUGUUCCUUUAGUCACCGCCGUGCCCUCGUCCUAACCCUCCGCCGCACCUCCUCGGGCCCUGCAUUGCCAGUCCUUGCAGCGUCCCCCUGGAUGUCUGGGAGUUUAGCUCACAUAGCAGUGCUUCACCACCUUCCUUCGCAAACCAAAGCAGUCACUCUUGUGCAGUAACAUAAGUUUUAAAGUGAAAAUUAAAUCGACCUGCGACAGUGGUGACAAGCUAUGUGUUCAGUGGCUACUCUGUGACGUGUUUGUGUGCAUCUCGCGAGGUACUUGCUUCAUCUUGGUCACCUCAUUAGCUACCAGUGUCAUGUCCUGUAUCGUUGAGAGUGGCAGGAGUCUGUGCCCCAGCUCCCUGGUGUUUGCAGGCAAUGACUUGCCUUGCCCCUGCUGUGACACUCCCCAAUCCACUCCUCUCUCCUCCAGGGAAGCGUUUUGGGAUCCAGAGUGUUGUGUUUCCUUACAAGUACCAAAAGAUGCAGACACGUGUUCAGUCUCAAAGCAAGAAGAUGUGCCGAGCAGCGAGUGGCCUGCACAAACAACACUGGCGAGCUGUGGCGGGAAGGAGGUGCAGCAGCUGGUCGGGGCUCGAGGCGCCUCGUCAGGUGUUGAGGCACGUUUCUUCUCGUGCAUCACUGACCCUCCUGAUGACUGCCCUCGUGAUCUUUGCGUCACACGUGCUAGGUGUCAGUCAGAGGACGACUUUGAUCUUCUAGAGCUUCUAAUCGACCCCAAACUAGGCGAGCAUCUAGAUGACUGGGACAGUGAUUUAGAAGACGCAAUAACUUCCGGGUGUCAGACCCCGGGACUGUGUGACGCUGAGGAUGAUGGCGACCUUUGGGGUGAUGAAUAUGAAGGGUGGAAGCAGGAGGUGGAACUCGAAAAUAGCUCUCACGAGGAUUUGGUUAACACUGGAUGCUCAGACAGCAGUGAUUGCUGCAGUACCAGGUCGAGUUCACAAGUCUUACACAGAAAGAGACAUAUGUUUUUUGUAGGGGAUGAAGAUGAGAAAAUAGAUUUUCAAGAUGAUAUUGAAUUUGAAAACAGCAGCUCUAGCGAGGAUACAGAGUUAGCGCUGGACAGUGACAGCCAGCAUCAGAACAGUAGCGGCAGCGUAACGACCGGAAGGUGCAAGAUGAAGCGCUGCGCGUCUGACAUGAGGAAGGAGUCGCGCUCUUCGAUGGUUAUUCCCACGAUGUCUGCCUUAGCUCCUUUUCUCCUGUCCCUGCAGCCCAUCCUGACUGCCUUGCCUCCAGCUGUAGCCAGUGAGGUGAAAGAGCUGAGAAAGUUGUAUCCUGGCAUCUCAGAAGACUACCUUAAAACUCUUUGUGAAUUUGGUUUGCUGGAGGAGGUGACGUACUCGGAAACCUCAUCGCCUACUUCUACUUUGUCUCGCGGACGAGUCAUCUCCCUCAGUGCAUCUUUUGCAGGACGCAAAACGUCACAGUCGUACUCAGACACCACUGAAGACCAACUUUCUGAAAGCAGCAUCCCUGACGAUGCUGCCUGUCAGCCUGAGUACCGCCCCACGCCCUCGGUGCGGGGUCUCUUCCUUACCACCUCCCUCGUCUCAAUGGCCACCACACUCACUAUUACACGGGAGAGAAAAAAGAAUAUUAUCUGCGUCUCCAGCCGAAACUCCGAGGGUUCGGCUGAUUCGAACUACUCGCAGCCGUCUUCGGACCUGUCGUUGGACGAGGAGAGAGAGAACCUCAGACGUGAGACAGAGAGACAGGCGCUUUCGCAACUGGAGAAGGCAAGGAGUUCUCGCCGCGGGGCUGGUGGGUUCAGGCGCAGGACAGAGGGUCAGGCUCUCGUCACGCUGCAGAAGGCCCUGACCAAGCCUGUAGCGUUCUCGGUGCGGACCAACGUGGCUUACGAUGGCUCUCUGGACGACGACUCACCAGUUCACGGCUCCGCCAUCUCCUUCGACGUCAAGGACUUCCUUCACAUUAAGGAGAAAUACGACAAUAACUGGUGGAUCGGGCGCCUAGUGAAGGAGGGUGCGGACGUCGGGUUCAUCCCUUCCCCCGUCAAGUUGGAGAAUCUGCGGAUCCAGCAGAAGAGCUGCAAGCUGCACUCCAAAACUUCCUCCUCGGGUAACCUGGGAAUGAUAAAUGAUGUUCUAUCCAAUAGCAAGAGCUCCAACUCCCGAGGCUCCACUCCCCCUACCCCCGGACUUGAUCUCGACAACGGUAUAGACUCCAACCUGGGAGAAGACUCCGAUUCCUUGGGCAACUCCAAGGGGAAAACUUCCAUCACCACUCCUCCGGCGAAAGGAAAAAAGAAUCCUUUCUUUAAGAAACAGGAGAAUAUUCCUCCUUACGAUGUCGUGCCUUCCAUGCGCCCGCUAGUGCUCGUCGGCCCCUCCCUAAAAGGGUACGAGGUCACGGACAUGAUGCAGAAGGCGCUUUUUGAUUACAUUAAGCACAAGUUUGAGGGAAGGGUGAUCAUCACGAGGGUGAGCGCCGAUAUCUCUCUGGCCAAACGGAGUCUUCUCAACAACCCCAGUAAAAGAGCCCUUAUGGAACGCUCAAACUCCAGGUCUUCUUGUAUAGCCGAAGUUCAGGCUGAGAUUGAGCGGAUAUUCGAGUUGGCCAGAACCUUGCAGCUGGUGGUGUUGGACUGUGACACCAUCAACCACCCGUCGCAACUGGCCAAGACCUCUUUAGCGCCUAUCCUCGUGUACCUCAAGAUCUCGUCUCCUAAGGUAUUGCAGCGUCUAAUAAAGUCCCGGGGCAAGUCUCAAAGUCGUAACCUCAACGUGCAGAUGGUUGCCGCUGAGAAGUUGGCGCAAUGUCCACCUGAGAUGUUCGAUGUCAUUCUUGACGAGAACCAGCUGGAGGACGCGUGUGAACACAUAGCGGAGUACCUGGAGGCGUACUGGCAGGCAACGCACCCGCCCCUGCCACCGCCACAAAUCCAGCGACCCCUCCCCUCUCCCCACACCAGCCCGCGCUCCAACCACGCGCAGGGAAAUCUCAUGCGGACCAACUCAACGCCGCCAGGUCCUCCCGGGUCCGUGGCUCGUGAGCCCGGCUACCCUCGCUAUACGGAUGAGAGAGUGUACCAUCGAGGGGGUCCCACAGGACAUGGCGGCCGAACUCUUCCCUCCCGUGACCCUCGGGAUAUGAGAGAUCCCAGAGAUAGGGACUUACGGGAUGAUGAGUAUGGUGAAAGGCUUCCUCCCCAGGAUCCUGGGCACAUGUAUGACCGCCCACCAGACCGACCCUCAGGACGCCGACAGUUACCACCUACAAGAGAUGAAGAUUACCACUCUCCACACCGCCCUCCCACACGCCAAACCCUUAAUGUGUAGCAGUUAGCCUUUGUUUGUAGCAGUUAGUGCUUGUUUGUAGCAUUCAGUGCUCAUUUGUAGCCUUCUGGUCUCUUUUUAAAGAAAUAACAAUAAUGUAAAAUACCUCCAUGUAUUUAAUACAGAGGGGUUGAACAUUUAAGGCAUAUGAAGGCUAUAUAUUAUAAAUAUGCAAUGGCUACCAACAUUCACUACUGUCACAACCUGAACUUGUACUGUUCUAAACUUCAGAACACUUUUGAUACUCCAAGUGAAUAAUGCUGUUUGUGAGACUAAUAUUGGCUCCAGUAGGUUAUGAAAUGUCUUUAACCUCAAUGGUUGUUACAGAAUGUGUGCAUAUGAUGGGAUUCCUCUCACACCAUGCGUUGUGAUAGUCCAGUUAUUAAGUAAGAGAUCAAUGUUACCUGUCCCACAGAAGCAUAAUACAUCCCCUCAGGCCUGUCCCUAUCCUUUUUGGCUGCCUUACACAAAUACUUUAUCUCCAUUUGAACUGACUAGAAAAAUUAUGAGAUGAAGGGCCACUUGAGGAGCUUUGCCAUGUGAGAUAUACCAUUGUUAGCUAAUGGGCAACUGGAGUAAUGUGUUGAUAUCAAUCCCAUAUUUUCCAGCCAUUGAGCACCAUCCUGGAAAUACAAACAAUGGAGCACUGGUCUGGAAAGUGAGUUGUUGGAAAAUGUGAACUACAUUUUAUUCUGAUGACCCUAACUAUAAAAAAAUAAUUUUCAUUUGUCUUUGCUCAUCAUGUACCAUUCAUUCAUGUACUAUGAGUUUCAUGUUCUGCCCACAUGCCUUAGGCAGAUGUGUUUUGAAAUAAUGUGAGAAUGUGACAUUAUAAAUACAAUUGUAAAUAUAGUUGGUUGUACACUUAAGGAUUGGCACAGUAUCCUUUGCCCAAGUUGUUCUUAAAACUGCCUUUAACCACUGUAGUGUUGAAUAUUACACUAGUUUAUUACACUAGUUUUUAAUAUUUUCACUUUGUAGCUUGGAACUGUUCAUUACAUUAGGUUUAACAUUUUGUAUUCCAUGAUUGUUCACUUUGCAUUUAAAAACCUAAAAAAUGCAGAGUUAUUUUACAUCUAACACAACAGUUGGAUGAAGUUCAAAUUUUUAUAAGACAAUUUUUUCUGACUAAUCCUACUAGUAACAUGUAUCAAUACUACAAACAUACAGAAACCAUACUGUCUGUAAUAGCUGAUGUAUCAGUUUAAAUAAUUUUUAUUCAAGUUUUGGGCUCAUGGUCUGAUAAUCACACUAUGAUGCAUCAUGAAAGCUGCUACACUGUAUUGAAAAAAAUGUGAUAGUAGAGUAUUAACCAAGCUUUCAAAGUUGACCAAAGUAAAUAUUAUGGUAUUACUGUACCUUUUUAUGUAAUUAAUACUAAUACUAAGACCAAAAGCAUUCAUCAUUGCAGUUGUUGUUGUUGUAUCCCCUUCUGACCUUAAUAGUGAAAUUGCAUCAAUUUCUAUACUAUAAAUAUUGAUUCAUAUUAUAUACUGACUGUCCUGCAAGUGUCCAUUGCAGAAAUAAUUAUUUUUAUUUUUAAUUGCUCAGUUAGAAUAAUAUUUCUAAAAACAAAGAAUAUAUAUAUAUAUAUAUAUAUAUAUAUAUAUAUAUAUAUAUAUAUAUAUAUAUAUAUAUAUAUAUAUAUAUAUAUAUAUAUAUAUAUAUAAACUUAAUUUGAACAUUUGAAAUUAUCCAAGUUAUAUUUUAUUGUAUUGCUUAAAACUUUAUUAAAACAGAUAAUGUUAUGGACACUUGACAUGUUCUUUGUUUAAAAGAACAGAAAUGUGGAGUAGCACUCUUUUUUAGUACACUACAAAUGUGCAUUGUACAAAGUUUGCAAUGCAGCUCUGAAUAACAAAAAAAGCUUUACUUACUAUUAUUUGCAAACAUACGUAUAUACAAAAAUUGUGUACAAAUGAACACACACACACACACACACACACACACACACACACACACACACACACACACACACAUGCACACACACACACACACACACACACACACACACACACACACACACACACACACACACACACACACACACACACACACACACACACACAGUUUAAUACUUGUCACUAUAUUUAACCACAGACUGUGCAGUGUAAAGAGUAUUUCAGAUAUGUUUACAUGUGGUACCACUGCUUCAUGCACUGUUAUUUUAUUUCCAUUCAUAUCAGUGAUAUAACUAUGGAACCAGAAAGUUUGUGCUACACCAAAACAGUGUGCUUUACAGAUAAUCUUAACCAAAAUUAUUUCCUUUAUGCUUGUGUGAAAUUAUAGUAGAUUUCUUCUUUUGUGGCCAUCACCCAGAUUGAAAGGCCAUAUGACAUAAAUCUUUUAAUAUUCCGUCUGGCUCUACUCUUACUAAGUGAUUCAUACUUAUUCAGUAGAAAACAUUUUUGAAGCUAGUUACCCUGCCCAUGCCCAUUGAAUUAUUAUUUGGAUAAUGAAGGAAGAUUUUGUGAUAAAAAAAUAAAUGGAGUAAAUAUUGUGUAUAUGUGAGUGAGUUAACAGACAUGCAUGACAUUUAAUGAGAGGCAUGAUGAUGUACUCAUUUUGUGUCUGAUAACCUUACCCAGAGUGUUGCUUGGUUUUCUUCCUUACUCUGCCCAUAAAACACACCGAGAAUAGUGUUUUCUCAGUUUCUCAUUAUACACAAUCUUUCAGAACUACACUGUCUGUUGUUCUUAUCAUUCAAAACAGUUAUUCCAUUCAAAUAAUCAAAACUUUUCAUCUUAAUUGAUAUUAAGCUUUUGUCAUCUAAGAAAUAUGAAAGUUGGCAGAAAAAAGGAACUUCAAAAUUUUACACUCCAUAUCAUAUGGCAAAGCUAAUUACAGGUCUCUCCAGUUUGAGGUUAUUUUAUUUACAAUUGUUGCUAAUCUUCCCUCCUUAACCCCCUCACACUUCAUGACAUAAUUUACAUUGAAACCUGCUUUCCUACAACUCAGUGUAGCAUUGGACAUGAUUUGCAUAAAAAAUAAAAUAAUAUGUCUAAAAUAAAGUUUGUUAGAAUUUCAUUAAAGAUACAAGUUUGGUCAACCAAAUAAACUAGUUGUCAACUGUCUCCAGUGGAUGAAAUGAUAAAGUCCUAUGUCUCAGUUAAUGUUUCAAUGUGAAUUAUCAGGCCACUUUUAUUUGGGCUUCUGAGGGGCCUGAGGCAUGUCUCAGUUGAACAAUAAACUUGUCAUGUUUUUGGUACAUGAGGAAGUUAAUGCUCAGGUUGGUUUUAAAACUUAGUAGACAGUAUUCUUAAUUUUAACCUAUUUCACUUUAAUAAGGGUGUGCCCCAGCACUUGUUCUGCUCACUCUGAUAUUUCUUCCUGGUCAUUACAUUAGUUUAUAAAUCAAGGCAUCAUCAGCAUAAACCACAUUUCCAAUGCUAAGUAGAUCAGAAUGUAUAAUUCAAACUAAGAAGUUGGAUGCCACCAACUAAAGGAGAAAAUAAUGCCCAAUGAAAUAGGAUGUAGAACCAGUUAGACGUGCUCUAAACCCAGAAUCAUAAUCCCAGUCACAACUGGUAGAACACCUUAUGGAAUCGUAAUUAAACACAUUGGCGGAAACAGUGUCAUCUAAGUUGUCUUGGCUGUGUCCAUGAAAUAGCACAUAUGAAAAAACUGGUUUCAGGUUUUAUAUCACUGACUCCAAUAAAGUUAAACAUUUCAGUUCACCUCUCUAAAACAUGGAGAUGAAUCUCAGUCAUCAUAUUGUUUGACAUUAUGUAUCUCUAAUUUUCACAUUGCCACCAAAUGACAGUACAGGGAUUGUUUCUAGUAAAUAUAGUGUGUAAAUUCAUAAUUUCAUGUAAAGAAUCGAUAAUAUACACAUAUACAUACAGUGAUCCCCUGCACACAUCACACAUUGAGGAUCUCUAGUUAAGAUAGCUGUGAAAUGUAUGAUUAAAAUGCCUCUGGCAUAAAAUUGUAUUAAAUUUAUCCUGAGUUUUUGGAAACUGAUGGAUAAUUUUGUCAGUUGUGCAGUUCACACAUUUUCUUUGACUAAAUUGUAGAUUAGAAUUAAAUUCUCACAUGAAUUACACUGAACUUGACACAAAAAUUAAUUGUUUUAGACACAACAGUUAUUAUUUGAUAUAACGACUAAUGUAUGAUUGGCACCACAAUGUAUGCACUUACUUUUGUUACUGAAAACUCAACUCAUCAACUCAAAAAGACAUUAGGUUAUGUUUUCCUGUGAGGCUCAGUGAGUAUGUGUUUUAAUGAAUGGUAUUGUUUAUGAUUCCUGAGUACAUAAAUUGUUCUCACGUCUUGAUCAUUGCUGUGUAUUUGGAAAUCACCAUGAAUUCAAAUAUACAUUUAAAGCCAAUUUAUAUUUUGCAGAGUUGUGUUUGCAAAUCAUAAAUUAGCUGGGGACCACUGUAUUUUUGUUGCUCACAAUGAAGCUGCAGUGUACUUAUUAAAAGAAUGUUCCUCAUAUCAUUUAUGAAAGGCAGGUAGUCACCUUUAUUCCAUGAAAUUUAUCAUGUGUUUCAAGCCCACUUUAAGCAAAUGUAUGACUCAUUACCAACAUCAGAACAGCAAAACCUAUCAAGUUAUUGACUUUGUGAUAAUUAUGUAGAGGCCACACAUUAUGUUACAUUAUGUUGGAGUAAAAAGUCAUCUUACAGGAGCCUUUGUUGUUAAUGAAGGAGUGAUUCCACAUGCAACAGUGGAAUUACUUAUCUUGGUUUGGAUUAUGACAUAAACAUUCUCAUUUACAUACACUUCAUCUGGCAAAAUAUGUACAGCCCACAUUAUUCACAAACAUUAUAUCACUUCAUCUUAUUGACCUCUUGCCACUGUUACUUUGUUCCAACCAAUAUCUUUGCAUCGUGAAUUUUGGCAAAGACUUUGUUUCAUAUGUGCAUGUGCCUUUACUUAAUAGAAAAGAUCUUCCCUCCACCAUAUAUAGAUUAUUUAGAUUGUGCAGUAUGAUAAUUCUAAUGCUGUAACUAUCUUAUAUUUAUUUAGUUUCUUCCUAUUGUUGUACAGACUAUUAAUUAUUUAGUGCUAUGAAAAUUAUCCAAUGUACAUGAUGCAAGGGUAUUUUGUAUAAUUCUCAUGUUUUUUGUUGAUUUUUUUAAUCACUAUGCAUCUUCUGUAAUCUUUUUUGUGUUAGUCAUCCAUUCUCAUUAUACUGAACUACAGUAGCUUCAAGUUAAUUUUUCAUUAACAAUUACGGUGUGGUCAUCCUCAAUACCUACUGUGUUCAUUCAGAACAUGUACAAUCUUAGUACAUGUGAUGGAUUAACCUGUGAUUCACCAAAAAUAAAUGCAACAAAUUAUUAACUAAGGCUACUGUAUAAAAGAUCCAGUGUACAUCUACUUGUUUUCCUCUUCAUUCUUUUUUCCUGUUUCUUCUUUCUUGCUUAUGAAUGUUUUCUUCUACUUGUCUAUCUUACCCUCAAUAUUCCCACUUCCUUCCUUCCUAGUACUCUUAUCCCAAAUGCAUGUCAGUCUCACAGACUUCAUUUUGUUGCAACAAUUUGUAAAUAAUAAAAAUUUUUAUCAUGAUAAAA